GUUGCACAUGCGUGGUAGAGGACGACGCCAGUGAUUGUCAGAACGCGGUACUCUGUCACAGAGGGUGGUCGUGUUACGCGUCGCUCGCGAACUUAGCAUCGCGCGGAAAUCGUAUUAACCGGUAAAAUGGCGGCGUCGUGGAUUUUAGCUGUGGCGCUGCUAGCCAUAACUUCACCGGCGAUGUCGGCUCCCGCUGCUCAACACGCAGAUGGUGCGCGGGAAAUGAAGCCGGAUGUGCCUGUGGAAGAACUAGAAAAAUUAAAGGCUGCUGAACACGGCAAGGUGGAACAAUCUUCGCAUAUUGAAUAUCACAGUCUUGAUGCAGUAAAAGCCAACGGCGAACUGAUCUCUCGACUAGAGCAACACGCCUCGGCAGACGCGGCGCCGGGUGAGAAGCCCGUCGUCCACGCUCAGGCGAAACUGGACGUCCCGUCCGAAGGCGUUCACCGCACCAUGUUGCAAGAGGGUUCGCAUGUCAGCGUGGUUGACGCAACUACGCCCGCUGGGGAGGAAGUCACCACUAAGGUGUUCCACGGAGCGGCUCGCCUAGUACAGCCGGGUACCGCCACCAACCAGAAGGACGGCCACACCGCCAUCAGGCGUGCCUUCAACGCCGACAUCACAAAGGAAACUAAGAACAAUAUUGACCAUUACGCUUCGUACGCCGGUGUUCAGUACUCUCCUCUCGACAUGGCAGAGUACGUGUUCUGGACUGGUGACGAGCGCGGAGUCACCGCGGCCAUCGAGGAGUUCCUACAGGAGGGAAUGAUGUCGAAGGAAGAAGCUAUCGCGUUCCUUCAGGAGAUCAAAUUCAAUAUCGAUUAUCUUCGAGCACACUACUCCCAGAACAUCCGGGCCGAGGAAACAGCCCAGCAGGAGAAGCUUAGGAGUCUGCUAAUGGAACAAGCUAACAAGGACUACCAAUACCGGCCAAUGUCCCUCCAGUCGUUCCCGUUCGGGAACAGCCCGGAUAUCGUCCGCUCCAUCGCGAGCAAGAACUGGGAGCUCAACAACAACCUGUCACCCAUCGCGCUGCCUGCCGAACUUAGGCCUGACCCCGUCAAGCGGUUCGAUCCUAUGCUGCAGACUAACAUCAUCGGCACAUCUGACUACGACCGCGAUGGGCCUGUCAUCACCGAGGAGGAAUACGAGGAGAUGAUGGACAAACUGAAAGCGGCAGACACUCUUUACACCGAGUACACACUUGAGGAAAUCAUCUACCAGCUCGCCAAGAUGAUGUUCUCCCAAUCGCUGUCCCGCGACCCAGCGACGGCCCGCGCCGCCACGCAGCGCUUCAUGGCGUUCCUCGAACGAGAAGCUGAGCGAGGCCAACUCUCGAGGACUAUUGAGAAGAAAGUGCUCGACGUGAUGAUCGCCGCGCUGACUGAUACCAUCGGAGACCACCCCGAGCUGAUGCAGGCGCGGGACAACCUCGGCAUCAACCCCGCUAACCGGCUGAUGCGGCAGUUCCUGGAGGCGAGCUCCGCGGAGCCGAGCAUGUCGCGCGCCAUCCUGGCCGCCUACAAGGACGAGCUGCUGAAGGGCCCUCCGCACAAGUUGGGCUUCCCCGCUAACUAAACCCCACAGGCGCCACAACAAACCCGUGCUGACGACUGUACAGUUUACUUUUUUGGGUUGUAUGAGUUGUAUCAUCUGAUUAGUUCUGGCUUUUCAGGAUGUUUGAAAAGUUUUUUUUAACAUGUUCUGUAUUGUUCUAGUUUUUAAGUAUCUAAUUUGGGUAUCGUAUUAGAUUAUUUUAAGUCAAUUUUAAACGUGUUUAAAACACUUUGAUUUUUAUUGUUACAAUUUUCAGUUAGUGUCCUAUCCUAUGAAAUUGAGAUUGUUACAUAUUAAUUUAACUUUUUUUUUAAAUAUUCGUAACGUUAAGGGUAAUAUAUUACAAAAUAUAUUAUAGAUGGGCAUUAAAUUAACCAAAUUAGCUAUUUAUUACUAUAUCUGACUUACUGUCUGAAAUACAUAUAUAUAUACCAAUAUAUUUUAAUCGUUACAUUUCUCAAGAAAUCAAUAUUUCGGCAGCCAAAUGCUCAAAGUAAUUAUUAACUAAAUAAAUGUUAUGCUUGCUGUCUAUGGAUCUAUGGAAUAUAUGACAACCUAUAAUAUUAAAAAAAUAUCAAAUACAUCAAUUUAUUUCCAUACCCAAUCCACUUGUAUUGAUGUAAUUGUAAAUAUUUCACCGCUAUAAAUGUACUGAUAUAAUGAUUUCAUUUAAUAAUUUGAACAAACAUAAGGAUAAGAGAAUCAAUGACAUAUAAUAUUAUGUACCAAAGAAAUACCAAAUAUAAGAUUUGAGCUAAAGGAAGAGAUUUUAUUAAAAUAUAAUAAAAUUGUUAAUGUUUACGACGCGCGUAAUAAAUGUUUAAGUAAAUACGUUUUUGUAUUAAAAGAUAAAUAGUAUUAUUUAGACGUAGCUUUCAGUGUUUUAGUAGUGGAUAUCCUUGUUUAGCUUUAUUUUACUGAAAAAAAUAUCUAGUUUAUAAUUUAAUUUAAGUACUAUUGUAGCAUAAGGAGAUAUGGUAUAAUAUAAUUAGCUAGUCAAAUAUUCUUCAUAUUUUUCUACAGCAUACAACUUUUAGAGAUGUGCAAUUGAUUCAGAUUACAUAUUUAAAUAUUUAAAAAGGUCUUCCCUUAUAGAUUAGAUAAAAUUGUAACUAUGCCCGUCGAAUAGAAUAACGAAAUCUCAAAGAUUUAAAUAUAUUUACUGUAGUAUUUAAAUUGAGUAAUGGUUCUAUAUAGAAGAUUUUAAUCGCUUGAGUCCCUGUAGUGAAAUGCAUAAAUGUAAAAAAAAUACAAAAACUCUAAUUCACGUUGAUAGAAUAGUGAAUUGGAAUCCAAAAACUAGCCAAUAUGUAUUAUUUCAUUCAACUACGCGUUUUAUAAGCAAACGGGGUUAUCCCCUAAAAAGUUAUCAAAACUUUCUUGCUUUUGCCCCAACACAAUAGCUUUUUCUACCAUACCUAUCUUCGGCAUAUCAAAAUGAAAGAAACAUAUCCCUAGAUUGAAUUUAUUUUUAAUAACAAAUCAUUUUUACGCAGCAAAGCGAAUUAAUCCUAUAUUAGGCAAAAACAUUAUUAAUGUAUUUGAAGGAAUUGCACAUCACUAAUAUCUCUCUCUCCUUCAACAUACAUAAAACUUAUGUACUUCAUAAAGAACAUAUUUUGUAAAAAUAGAUUAGAACCAUGUCUUUCUAUUAGAAUCACAAAAUACACUAUUUACCUACCUACUUACGGUAAGACUUGAAAUAUAUUAAUCUGCAUUGUUGAAAAUAAUGCUAUGUUAGUGAUCGGCAAAAUUUAUUAUAUUUAUAUUAUUCUUUGAAAUAUAUUGUGGAUUUAAUAAAAAAGUUUAAAUGUCA